GGAUUGCAGGCGGGGUGAGGACGGGAGGCCGGGGUGAUCGGGGUCAGGAUGCUCCCAGUGCUGCGUGGGCCGGCACUGCCCGCGACGGGGCUUCAGUGGGUGCCAGGGUCACCCGGUGGAGCUGGCACGUCCCUGUGCCAGGACGCAGGAGCCCUGCGACCCCACGCUACCCAAGUCCUGGGGGCACAAGCAUCCUGUUCCUGCCCCGAGGCUGUUUGUGUUUGUCCACAAGAGGGACAUAUUUCUCCAGGAUUGACACCGAGCUCUGCUCCCAGCAUCCUGGAGCAGGACUGCCCUUCCACCUGCUUCUUCCUUCUAACGUUCUUAUUUACCGUCUUCCUUUAAUUUUUUACCAGCCCUGGUACUAAAGCCAAUACCCAGGUGUUGAACCAUCCCAGGACAUAUAACUUUGUCCCUGUGCUCUGCUCGAAAGGACCGACUGAGUUAAACAGAGAGGGGGCGAACCCUCCAACCUCAUUGGACUCAGCUCAUUAAUUCUUGUGCAAAGUGCUGGUGGGACUGAGAGGAUGGGACCCCCAGCAUCUGGAACUGGUGCCCACCAGCAAGGUCUGGGAGGACCCUGGAGCCUGAGCCACCACCGCGAUGCUGCACCGCGAAGCCGCACCGUGACUCCCGCUUCGGCACCGACAUGUUUGGAGCCGCCAUCCCCAUAAAGCCAACUCACCCCAGCUCCAUGUUCCUGGGGUCCCUGUCCCCACUGGCUAACGGACAAAAUUCACCCCCCCAGCUCCUCCGCCUGCUGCAAACCCCGUGAGAAAACCCGUGUGCUGGGAGUGGUGUGGAGAAGCGGCUCAGGGAGGAUUUAUUUGGUGGGGUUUCCCGGCACCUCCCGUGCCACCCGCUGCGCGCCGAGGUGUGGCCGUUCCCCUGGGUCUCACUUUUCCUGCUCAUCAGGAAGCUCUUAUCUCCUAUCAGCCCGUGCUGCCAGGGAUGAGCUCCAGCAGCCUCCGCACUGGUUUUGCUCUGGGGAGCUGUGGGGCUGCCAGAUUGCGGUCGGGUUUGGGGAGGCAGCGCCAGACCCCAAAAAUGAGGUGGAAAAGUGUAUCUGGGGCACCCUUAGUGCUCGGCACAGGGUCAGGAGGCAACUGAUCACUGUGGUCAGCCGGGACUGACCUAUUAAUGACUCCUCAAAACUGGGGCUUAUUAGCCUGGGUGCAGCACCCGGCUGGCACGUUUGUCACAGCUGGAGGUGGCAGAGCCGCGGGGACAGGAGCUUCAUUCCAGUCUUGCCUGUUUGUGCCGUGAGUUGUCAUCGGGGGUGCCCAGCCCUGUCUUGUCCCCUCCCCGGUGGCAGCUGGUGUGGGUGCCCACGGGUGGCAGGCGGGGGUGCGGGACCGUGGCAGGGCAGCGCUGGAGGGUAGAAAGAACUGGGAUGAGUCGAAUUGCCCCACAGCUGCAUCUGAUGUGCCAGAAAUGGAGAGAAUUAGUCAUGGAGCCCAGAGAGGGAAUGGAGCCGGUUGACCCUGCGAAGAGAAACUCUGAGCUCUGCUGUUCAUGCUCUUGGACUUUUUGGAUGGGACGGUUGGUCUUGGAGGAGCAGGGAGUGUUCCUGGAGCAGAACUGGGGGGUCAGGGCAGCGGGUUCCCCUCCGUGGGUCUGGUUGUCAUCACUGAGGGCACCUGGGGGCUCACUCCCCACUGCCACCUUUGUGGUGGGUGAUGCCAAAGGCUCGGGCACAGCAGCACAGCCACGUUUGCCACCGUUGCCUGGGGGUCCUGGACCCCCCCCCACGCUGGGUGUACCGGCCACAGCAGCUCUGGGGGGGGCAAAACAGGGGAGCUGGGGUGACGGGCAGGGGGUAAUCACCCAAGGUGCUCAUUAGCAGGGUGCUCUACAGCACCCACAAGCUCUGCUGUGCUCUAGGGGUUCAUCCAGCCCCAGCCUGAUGGAGGAAUGAAGUCAGCUCUUCCUUCACGGUGCCGCGGUGGGUUCUCGGAGGUGCCCCAUGCUGCAUCUCUGUGUUGCUGAGGAUUGUUGUGAGCCAGCACGAUGCCCCCGUCACUCCUCUCUGGUGGCUGAUGCCCUCGCAUGGUGGCGGGUGGCAAGGAGGGACCCGGCGUUCCACGAUGAGGGGACGCACAAUGCUCUGGGUCCGAAACCAGUGAAGCCACCGGAGCCGGGGGGCGCACGGAGGGGCCAUGGGGGCCGCCGUUGUCCUGGGCUGGCUGCUGCUGCUGCUGGUGGUAGCGCCACCGGCCACAGGCGCCCGGCCCUGCAGCCCCAAAUACUUCGGGCGCGAUGCCAUGGUGUGCGUCUGCAACGCCACGUACUGCGACACGCUGGACCCCGUGGUGCUGCCGGCCCCGGGCACCUACGUCAAGUACGAGAGCAGCAAGGCCGGCAAGCGGCUGGAGCGCAGCCAGGGGAGCUUCCAGCGCAGCCUGCGCGCCCCAGGGCUGCUACUGAUGCUCAAUGUCUCCGUGCUGUACCAGCGUGUAAAGGGUUUUGGUGGGUCCCUUUCUGACGCUGCUGCCCUGAACAUCCUGGGGCUGUCCCAACCAGCCCAAGACAACCUGCUGUGCUCCUACUUCUCCGAGUACGGGAUCGAGUACAACCUCGUGCGGCUCCCCAUGGCUUCCAGUGACUUCUCCGUGCGCCCCUACAGCUACGACGAUGUCCCCAACGACUACGAGCUGAAGCACUUCAGCCUGGCGGAGGAGGAUGUGAAGAUGAAGAUCCCCCUCCUGCACCGAGCCUCGGCCAUGAGCAGGCGGCCGUUGGCGCUGUAUGCGAGUCCCUGGACGGCUCCAGCCUGGAUCAAGAGCAACAGGGACAUCCGUGGGACGGGCAUGCUGAGGGGACGGGCAGGGGACAAGUGUCACAAGACCUGGGCCAACUACUUCAUCAAGUUUCUGGAUGAAUACGCCAAACACAACGUGACCUUCUGGGCAGUGACGGUGCAGAACGAGCCCCGCGCCAGGAUGCCCACCUUCCCCCAGUUCCCCACCAUCUCUUUCACCGCCGAGCAGCAGAGGGACUUCAUCACCCACGACUUGGGGCCCGCGUUGGCCCGCAGCCCCCACCGCACCCAGCUCCUCAUCAUGGACGACCAGCGCAUGUACCUCCCGCAAUGGGCUGAGACGGUCCUGGGUAACAGCACUGCUGCCGGCUAUGUCACCGGUGUGGCGGUUCACUGGUACCUGGAUGGCGUCGUCUCGGCCACCUGCAGCCUGGGGGUCACCCACAAACUCUUCCCCGACCAUUUUCUCCUCUACACCGAGGCCUGCAACGGCUUCCUCAGCCGCCAGUUCUCCGUGGCCCUGGGCUGCUGGGAGCGAGGGGAGCGCUACAGCCACAGCAUCCUGACGGUCCUGAACCACUUUGUGACCGGCUGGACCGACUGGAACCUGGCCCUGGACCUGCAGGGUGGCCCCAACUGGGUCAAGAACUACGUGGACAGCCCCGUCAUUGUGGACAGCAGCAAGGACGUUUUCUACAAGCAGCCCAUGUUCUACCACCUGGGGCACUUCAGCAAAUUCAUCCCCGAGGGCUCCCGGCGCGUGGGGCUGCGCAGCGUCCGCCAAAACCCCUCCUGCCAGCUGGAGCACGUGGCUUUCCUGCGCCCCGACGGCGCUGUUGUCCUCGUCGUCCUCAACAGGUCCAGCUGGGAUGUGCUGUUCGGGAUCUGCGACCCCAGCGUUGGUUUCAUCGAGGCCGUGUCUCCGGCCAACUCCAUCCAGACCUACCUGUGGCAGCAGCAGUGACACCGGGCAGGGUUGGGGACAGCACUGCGCGGUGGGGGGUCUCUGGGGGUCAGUUAUUCCCCUGCUCUUUCCAGCAUCCUUCAAUGAUGGGAGUGGGUGGUGACCCGGUGCAGCAGGGAUCCCCCAGCACGAGGGGCUGUGGGUGCUCCUGACACUGGGGUCUCCCAUGGCUGAUGUGUUGGCGCUUCCCAUCCUCCUCCCUGCCCCCAAAAACCCUCCAGCCCCCCAAAUCUCCCGCCGCUCCGUCUCCUGGACCACGCUUCCACACGUGGCUCCACCGAACCCUUCGCGUGUCGCUCGGGCGCCAAGUAAAGCCGUGACGCGCUCCCUCCGGAA